CACAAUCUCUUCUCUUCUCUUCUCUUCUCUUCUCACUUGUUCAUUUUACUACUUCACAAGUUUCUAUCUUUGCCAACUUCACACAAUGGCAGUUGUACCUCACAGGUCAAAUCCUAGAGGCGAACGCCACAUGUUUUCAACCUCAGAUGAUAAUGCAAUGAUGAAACAAAUUCAAGCUACUCAUGCUCCUGAUGGUCGCGAAUUUGAUGUCAGGCCUCUUCUUAAUGUUGUUGAGGAUGUCUUCCAACGUGCUGUGCCGCCCUCGGGACUUGCUACCAUUGUUCAGCCUCAGGGAGUUGUUCAUCAAGCACAACUCGACGCAUUAGAGGAGAAAACUCUCCAGAAUGGCUUCUAUGAAAUGCUGGACCUGUUGUCGUACACAAUCAACAAAAUUUCCUGCGAGAUAGCUUGCAAAUGUUCUGGCGGUGGAGAUGCACACGCUACAACAUUGGCAAUAUUUAACUUGGUAUCAAGUUACUCAUGGGACGCAAAGCUUGUUCUAGCCUUAGCAGCAUUUGCAGUAAACUAUGGCGAAUUCUGGCUCGUAGCCCAUCUUUACCUUACAAACCCAUUGGCAAAAGCCGUGGCUCUUCUGAAGCAAUUGCCCGACAUACUUGAACGUGCUGACGCAUUGAAACCAAAGUUUGAGGCGGUGAGCAGCCUUAUCAGGGCUGCUUUAGAUGUGGCCAAAUGCAUUGUUGAAUUCAAGGAGCUACCACCUCAGUACAUCACUCCUGAUGCACCAGAAAUGUUAAUUGCUACUGCUCAUAUUCCAACAGCUGUUUACUGGACUAUCAGGAGUAUUGUGGCUUGUGCAACACAAAUUAUUGGCCUCAUUGGCAUGGGUCAUGAGUACAUGGCAUCAACCACAGAAGCUUGGGAACUAUCAAGCUUGGCACAUAAGGUCAGAAGUAUUCAUGAACAUCUUAUGAGGCAGCUCACUCUAUGUUAUCAUCACAUAGAUGAGAAAAGACACGUAGAAGCAUAUCAGACACUCAUACGCCUUUUCGAUACUAUUCACAUUGAUAACAUAAAGAUUCUCAGGGCUCUGAUUUAUGCUAAGGAUGAUCAGCUACCACUUUAUGAUGGCCACAACAAAAAAAGGGCUAGCCUUGAUGUGCUGAGGAGGAAGAAUGUUCUGCUCUACAUUUCAGACCUUGAUCUCCCGCAUGAAGAGCUUUCAAUGCUUGAACAAAUGUAUAGUGAGGCAAGGCAAAAUCCAGCAAGGACAGAGAGUCAUUAUGAGGUAGUAUGGCUGCCAGUUGUGGAACGAUCAACAGCAUGGAAUGAUGCAAAACAAAAACAAUUUGAGAAUCUUCAAUCAGUGAUGCCAUGGUACACAGUCUAUCACCCUUCACUGCUCGACCCGGCAGUCAUUAGGUACAUCAAGGAGUUUUGGAAAUUCAACAAGAAGCCAUUGCUGGUGGUCUUGGAUCCUCAAGGCAAAGUAGUGAAUCCUAAUGCUAUCCAUAUGAUGUGGAUUUGGGGUAGCGCAGCUUUCCCUUUCACUAGCGUCAGGGAAGAAGCACUCUGGAGAGCAGAAAACUGGAAGAUUGAUUUAUUAGCAGAUACGAUCGAUCCAAUCAUUCACUCCUGGAUACAACAAGGGAAGUACAUAUGCUUGUAUGGCGGAGAGGAUAUCGAGUGGAUCCGCAAAUUCACAAUGACAGCAAAUGCACUUGCACAAGCUGCUGGCAUUGAUUUAGAGAUGCUCUAUGUGGGGAAGAGCAACCCAAGAGAGAAAGUCAGGAAAAAUAAUAUCAUAAUUCAAAAUGAGAAGCUUAGUCAUGUACUUCAAGACCUUACACUAAUCUGGUUCUUCUGGGUAAGGCUUGAAAGCAUGUGGCAUUCCAAGGUGCAACACAACAGGACGGUGGAGAAUGACAUAAUAAUGCAAGAAAUCGUAACGAUGCUAAGCUUCGAUGGGAGCGAUCAAGGAUGGGCUGUGAUCAGUAAAGGGUCAGGAGCUGAAAACAGACAACUCGCAAAGGCGAAAGGAUCAGAUAUAUUGAACUGCUUUGAUGACUAUCAGUCAUGGAGAGAAAUUGCUGAAGAGGAAGGAUUUGUGCCUGCAAUACUUGACUAUCUCCAUGGACACCAUAACCCACUUCACUGCAACAGGUUGAUCCUGCCAGGAACCACUGGGAGCAUCCCUGAAAAGGUUGUUUGUGCCGAAUGCAGCCGUCCAAUGGAGAAGUUCAUCAUGUAUCGCUGCUGUACUGAUUAAGGCUCAAAUCACCGUUACUAGUCUAUGGUGUGGCCUGAUAUCGUGAAUGGAGUUCAAUAACUAACUGCUGUAUCCUGCAGUCAGUGUUUGUACUGUCGUAUUUUGAUGUUUAAUUUGAAUAUGCACGGGUAGUGCGGAUUUGAAUGUGCAUGGUAAGAACUAGGCAUCUUCCUCCUGCUUUUUCCUUCCGACUACUUUCUGUAAUUUCCCGGUCAGGUAUUUGUAAUUCAAUUAAUCUAAAUUUUUAUUAUUUCUCUUA